AUGAAGUCCCGCAAGGUCGCGAUUGUCGGGGCCCGGCUGGUGGGCAAGCUGCUGAUGCUGGUCAAGUAUGUCGAGGACCAGUUUGUCGAGGACUACUACCCGACGAUCUCGGCCCACUACACCAAGACGCUCACCUUCCGCGGGGCGCCGUUCGAGCUCGAGAUCGUCGACACCGCGGGACAGGACGAGUUCAGCAUGGUCGAGGAGUCCCAGCUCAUCGGCAUCCACGGGUACAUGCUCGUGUACCUGGUGACGCUGAGGCAGCUGUUCGAGCUCAUCGAGCUUAUUAGGGACAAGAUCCUCAACGCCGUGGGCACCGAGGACCCGCUGGGGGUGCCGAUGGUGGUGGUGGGCAACAAGUGCGACCUCUCGAUGCAGCGGGUGGUGCUGACGCUGGAAGGGGCGGCGCUCGCCCGGGCGCUCCACUGUCCGUUUGUCGAGACGCUGGUGAAGGAUAAUCUACGGAUUGCCGAGGCGUUCGAGGCGGUGCUUGCCGGGAUCGAGGGCGCCGCCGACACCCCGAGCAAAUGUGUCAUAGUCUAG